CCUUCUCACUUCACUCAAGGAGACGAACGAGAUUCUCCUCACUUCACUCAAGGAGACGAACGAUAUUCUCCUCCAAGCGAACCAGUGCUGUCCUACCCGGAUGUGGACAGACGUAGGGUGUCCGAUGUUGAGAGUGGCAGCAGUUCCAUGAACUGGUUGCAAAUGUUAAAAAAACCCACAAAGGAUAAUUCUUCAAAGUCUGAUUCCUCUGUUUCGUCUGACUUCCUUGGUAGCAGUGACAAUAUUUUCCCUUCCACUGAAAGACAACAUGACAGACAGUCCAUUCAAGGUUCAGGCAGUUACAGUGAUCCAAUGCCAGAACAACCAGAGCAGCGCAACAAGCCCAGUACCCCCAAGUACACUGCUGAAGUUGCUGCUACCAUCCUCAAGGAUUAUGGUCUAGAAAAAGACGACUUGGAAUUACUCCUCUCUUAUCCUGAGGAUCAGCUCACUUCUGAUAAUCUGCCUAAUAUCUUGAAGCAGAUUUGCCUGCAGAAACAGAAGAAAACUACUACGACGCAACCUUACUCCGACCCCCAGCCCAGCCCCAGUUUUACAGGGAUAGAUAGGUCGAGUAGCACUAGACAAACAGGGAUUUGCAAGGAAAUUGUGCCCCCAAACCCUUUAAAAAUAAGUCAAGUCAUUGAGUAUGGGCACAAAGGGAAGUUCACUUUGGCCGGGAAACAAGCUGAAAAGACGAGUAGAGUUAUCAGUGGUGAGAUCGAACCGAGACGUUUCAAAGAUCAGCCGCCAAAAGGUACGCCAGAGGUGAAGAGUGGUGCCAUGGUUUCUUCACUUGACCAGAUGGGGUCAACUCCUAGUGUCAGUUCAUCAAGUGAUCCAACUCGGUCACUGCAGACCCAACCGGGACAGGCUCCCAAAAGAACCUUCACCCUUUUCCCUAUUUUAAAGAAAGACACAGAAGGUUACAAGUCCGAGUCCCUUAAAUCCAUGACUUCGCAAAAGCCUGAGCAAGAUUCCCAAAUGUCACUACCAACCGGUCCGCAGUUCCACAGAGAACAGUUAGUCGCAUCAAAGCAGCAGGACAAAGGGAAGCAGGUACCUCGGGAACAGAAGAGUCAACAAAACAAUACAACGGACUCAACGAAGCAACAAAUGCAACCUGGUGUUUCUCAGCCAGCCCAAAGUGGAGCGACAGUCUCUACAUUUGUGCAGCCUCCUACCAGUGGGCAGUCUUUUGUUGGGACGGUGACGGUCAAAAAGAGGCUUCCGCCUGGGUGCAAGAUUAGAGACUGCGCCGGGGUCCUACCGAAAAAGUUUCCACAUGUCUGCACGCAGUGUGACACAACAUGUUUCAAAGCAGCGGAGUGGGAGCCCCAUUGCAAAUCCCGCCAUCACGUUUUGAACGUCACGAACUUCCUGAAAGAAUAUCCUGAUUUGAAUAAACAAUCAAGUCCGACAGAUUCGACCCCUAAACGUUUCAGCUUCAGUUUCACCACUGCCUCCAGUGUAAAGAGUAAAAUUAUUAAACCUGGUCAUGGCUCUCGCUCCCGUUCCCGUUCACACAGCCCUUCUCGCUCAAGGGAUAGGCAGGACAGGUCCAGAGAUAGAUCCCGCUCUUUCAGCCCACGGCGUCAUCGGAAAAGAAGAAGAUCCGCCAGCCUGUCCCGCUCUCGUUCCAGAUCCCGCUCCCGCAGUCCCCGUCGCUCCCGUCGCUACAGUGACUCCACGAAGACGGAAGAAAAAAAGACAGAAAGCAGCUUCAGGAGAAGAGAGGAGAGAUUGCCUUCUCCGAGGAGAAGUCGAGAAAGAAAAACAUCAUCGGAGCGAUCUACCCCCCAUCGAAAGAGGUCGACCAGCAGAGACAAUCUGGCCAGGAAACCCAUUGAAACCUCAAAAAUGGCAGUCCAAGGAGUGAAACCAACACCAGGAAAGGCAGUCCAAGGAGUGAAACCAACACCGGGAAAGGCAGUCCAAGGAGUGAAACCAAUACCAGGAAAAGCAGUCCAAGGAGUGAAACCAACACCAGGAAAGGCAGUCCAAGGAGUGAAACCAGCACCAGGAAAGGCAGUCCAAGGAGUGAAACCAGCACCAGGAAAGGCAGUCCAAGGAGUGAAACCAGCACCAGGAAAAGCAGUUCAAGGAGUGAAACCAGCACCAGGAAAAGCAGUUCAAGGAGUGAAACCAGCACCAGAAUCAAAGACGCCAGCUGCAGCCAAAACGGAUGUCGAGUCAAGUCGAGUCGAGCCAAACGAUUCGGAACUGGAAGAAGUGAUAAAAAUUCUGACUCCGGCCUUUCAAGCUGAGCUAAAGACGUCCUCCUCUUCAUCAUCAAAAAGUGAAAUGCGUUCCCCUGACCGAGAUAAGCUGGUGAUGCUCACCGGGGUUUAUCCAUUUGUAUCGUAUAUGGACUUGCGCAAUGCUUUGGAGCUGUUUGGGAAAACCGAGACGGUCGUACAGUAUAAGGCCAAACACCAGGCGUACGCGAUUUUUGUGAAAACUGAAGACGCUGAUAAACUGAGGAGCAUAAAGAGCUUCAACCUGAAGGGAAGCACGGUUACAGUCGGCUCAGUGGACAGAGUCAACUUGCUGGCUUCUUCCAUCGAAGCAAAGGCUCAGGAACAACGUCAGCAACGAUCUAAGGAAACUGGAAGUUCUUCAGAUGCAAAGACUUCUUCCGUCAAAUCUAAGGGAACUUCCAAAACCUCAGCUGGACCUUCUUCAGAGGCAAGCUGGGAGUUAAAAACUGGACGGCUUGCCCUCAUCUGCGUUUCCUUCUCUUUAUAUGUUUCGGCACAAAAAGUUGUCGCUGCCGGAGACAAACCAGUCCAUAAGUGGGACUCUAAAUACAACUACUUUAUGGAUCCGGUUUCCUCCGUGACCGUCGGAGACCAGGUGGAAAAGUUUUUCCACAAAAAGGAUCUGGAGUGUUCUCUGAGUCUGGACAACUGUCUCAAGUCAAGCGAAGUGACUGACGACGGCUGCAGAACGAUCUUCCUGCAGAACAUCUCACCAGCCGAAAUCAAGGAGGUCAGGGAAGUGGUCUUCAAAAACUUUUCCGUCAGAAACUUCCUUCCUCUGCUGGAUAAGCUCUACGUAGAGUUUAAGUCGAUCGACGACACCGACCUGCUCGGACUUUGGUACAGCCAGAUGGAUUACGGCUACCAACACAAGCUGUUCAGAUUGAAGCCGCCACACGUACCCUCCAAGACGCCAAUAAAGCCUAACCUCCCUCAGGGCACCGUGCCACCAUUUUGGAUCACCAUGAAAAUUGCUCCAUAUGCAUUCCCUACUCUCACCCCAUGGUUCAACAUCCCAGAAUGUAUCAUAAUUGAUAAACCCACCUCUGUUUUGAAACAGAGCUUUGAAAAUUUGAACUCGUUCACCAUCAUGCUGACGGGUUUGCCAGAAGAAGGCUACCAACACGAGCAGAUCGUGAAGCGUGUCUGGUCUCAUUUGUUCCCCAAGACUAUUCAGACUCUGUACUCGGAUGUGAUCGUGCUGCCGAUGCAGAGGAGGGCCUUCGUGUUUUUCAGUAACUGGUCUUCGUGCAACGCUUUUAUCCAGGAGCACUUUAAGAACAAAGGCGACGAUGCUAUGAAAAUCUUCUUCGUCCCAAAACUGAACGCACCUGGAUCCGAGAAAAGGAUCUACCAGAACAUGAUGAAACUGGCCAACACUGAGAUUCCUGAUAGCUACUUUCUUGACGAACGGAUUCUGUGCAUUGAGACUUUCGACGCGUCCAUAAGCUUUGCGGUUUCGAUCGUGAAGGUGGUGGCAUCCAUCGCUCCUCUUGAAAACUACUUACCGCUCGGCAACAGGAUCUUCAUUGAGAUGAACAGUGCCAGUGCUGUGACCAAGGUGGUGCAGGAGCUCUCCACUGUGGACUACUACUCUCAGAACAACAGAUGGUCUGAGGUUGGCCGCAUUGAGUCUUUGAAGACUGCACAAGAGCGUCUAUGGAGCACUGGUAGUCUUAGGAUUGAUCUUCAAAUGUACUUAAGAACCACAAAGAACCAGUUUCUAAAAGAAAGGUGGGAGAAAUGCAAAAUUGCUCCUGUUGUAUCAGAAUUCCCUUCAAGAUACACAGUUUCUGGAUUCACCAAAGCAGAACCAGUUGAUAAAACUCUGAAGAACAGUGAGAAACUAAAAAAUGAGAUCUCAAAUCCAGAUACGUGUUCUUUGGCUGCAGUUUCUGAAAAGUUGCCAGACACUCACAAGUCUCCCAAAGAAGACGAUACACCCUCGGUGAGCGGGGUGGCAAAAUCCGACCUUGAGGUGCCAAAAGACGUCAACGCUGCAAAAACUGAUGAGUCAAAAAUGGAAAUGCCAUCAGAGACGGAUUCACCUGGAAAGAAAAGUAAGACAGGAAAAGGGAAAGAGACUGAUGAGGGUACUGAAAAGAUUAAUGUAAAUGUAGUGGUCUCUGUUGAAGAAGCUGCACCGACAGAAGUUUCUGAUAGACAACCAAAUAACAUGGGAGUCAAAGAGGACAAAAAAAUAAGUAAUCAGACUGAACCUGAACAACUUGGUGCAGAAGAAGAAACUACAAUCAUAAUGUUAGACUCUCCGAAGGAUGGCCCUGCCACCAACAAACCAAUGGUUGCCAGGUCCACGGGAGCAGAAAGUGAAAUAAUUAUAAUAGAUGAUGAAGAUGUGGAGCCAAAGGAAGAUGACACCCCCACAGAAAGGAAGCCCAAACCCACCAGAGAUUCAAAGGAGGACGGAGAGAAAACUCUACAAACAGAAGUUCCUUCACAAGAAAGCUCACCAACAGAGACGUGUGAAGCUGUGGUUACUGACCCAGGGGAGGAGGAAGGUAUUUAUGUGAUACUAGAUAUUGUUGAGGAAGAAGAUGUUGACGAGGAUCAACCAAAAAUACAAAAACCAAAGAGUGGAAAUUCAUUGGGUCCAUCUAAAAUGGAAAGCAGGACGGAAACCAAGGAAAAGACCGAUGGGGAUACUGAGAAGAUGGACUUGAACAUGGUGGACUCACUUCAAGAUAAACCUGUUCCAGAAGUUGCUGUGACAGACGGUUCUGGUGGUGAACAGGCUAACGGAAAAGUCAAAGAGGUUGAACAAAUAUCGAGUCAGACUAAACCUGAACAACUUGAUGCAGAAAAAGAACCUUCAACUGAGAUUUCAGACUCAUUAAAGGAGCAACUUGCUACCGAAGAACCAUCCAUCCCAAGAACCACCAGAGCAAGAAGAGGAAAAGCUAAAACAGACGUUGAAGAUAAAAUACCCAAGAAAAGAGAAACCUCAACAAGAAGGAAGACCCCACCCAGCAGAGAUUCACAUGAAAAAGGAGAAAAAACUUUGCAAGAAGAAGAUAAAACUCCACAAACUGAUGUUCUUCUCCAGGAAAGCUCACCAACAGAGGCAUAUGAUGCUCUGGUUACUGACCCAGGGGAGGAGGAAAGUACUUAUGUGAUACUAGAUGCUGUUGAGGAAGAAGAUGUUGAUGAGGAUCAACCAUCAACACAAAUGCCAAUGGUACAAGAACCAACAGAAGACACUAAAACCAUUAAAAAACAGACUGCAGUCUCACAGAGCGAGGACUUGUCCAGUAUUGCGGCUGAUGAAGACGACCUUUGGCAGAUUCUUGACUCGGUUGAAGAUGGUACCAUGAAUGAAGAGCCUCAUUCAGAGGAAUCGAACAGCGAGACAAAGUCAACGGUCUCUGAGGGUGACGUCAGACAGACCAAGAAGAGAGCACGGUCACUCGAAAAGAAGAGUAGGCAACAAAUCGCUGAUUCUCUGAAUGAUCAAAUCAAAGAUGGGCUGGUGACCAAAGGAGUUCCCAAGACGGAGACUGACGAUAAACCGGAUCAGGGGGAAGCUGAGAAAACAGCGUCUGCUAAAUGCAAGCUUGACAUCAGAACUGAGGAAAGUUUGACCUCCGUAACGCCUCAAGAGUUUGGAAAGACUGAAGAGGAGGAAAGCGAAGCAACAACAACCAGAACAAGAGGCCGACCGAGGAAGAAGGCUAGAAAGACUCCUGUGAGAAAAUCCACCAGAGGGAAAACGGUGAGCGCUGAAGACGAGAGAGAAGAAGAAGAAAACGAGUCUCUGCUUCCUACUUCAGUUGAUUCCUCCUCAACUCCAAUCAAAGACUCGUCUGUAUUGAAUGUAUCAAACAUUCAGAUCCAGGAGAUGAAGGUGGAACCAGAACCGAAGACUGUUUCUUCUGAGCAGCAACUCCAGUCUGAGAGUCCUGAUGGACAGAAACAGGAAGGACAUGAAGACGAGGAGGAGGAAGGGCACAACAUGGACGAGAGUACUGUCUUCAUGAAGAAGCUCAUCGAACCCGACGCAGACGGUUCUUGUUUGGAGACUUCUAAUGUCAUCGCUGAAUUCGAACAGCUGCCGUUUGACGCAGACGCUCCCGCCGACGACCAACCAGAACCUCUGUCCAGAAGUGAAGCUGAAACUCAAGAAGAGACGACGGAAGAAACCCAAGACUCUCUGAGGCCUGAGAACUCUUUAAAUGAAGCGGACGGCACCGAAGAAGAGAAGCCAGAAAAACCCAAACAUGAUGACAUCACAGAGGAGAGUUUGACCUCNGAGACGACAGAAGAGUUGGGAAAGACCGAAGAGGAGGAAAAUGAAGCGACGCCCAGAACAAGAGGCCGACCAGGGAAGAGAACUAGAAAGGCUGCUGUGAGAAAAUCCACCAGAGGGAAGACGGUGAGCGCUGAAGACGAGAGAGAAGAAGAAGAAAACGAGUCUCUGCUUCCUGCUUCGGUCGAUUCCUCCUCGACUUCGAUCAAAGACCCGUCUGCUCCGUCAGACGUUCAGGUCCAGGAGACGAAGGUGGAACCAGAACCAGAGACUGUUUCUGCUGAUCAGCAGCUCCAGUCUGAGAGUCCUGAUGGACAGAAACUGGAAGGACGUGAAGAUCAGGAGGAGGAGGAGGAGGAGGAAGAACACAGCAAGGCUGAAGUCAAAGAACCUGCUGCUGAAGAUAAGGAGGCAGCUUCAGAGCCAGAGAUCAGCACAGACGACCAACCAGAACCUCCGUCCAGAAGCGAAGCUGAAACUCAAGAAGAGUCGGCGGAAGAAACCCGAGACUCUCAGAAGCCUGAGACCUCUUUAGAUGAAGCAGGCGGCGCUGAAGAAGAGAAACCAGAUCAAGAUGAAGCUGAGAAAACGUCAGCUAAACGCAAACGUGAUGACGUCACAGUUUGUAAACAAACGAAGGCGCUCGAUGAGCCCCGAGCGAAGAGGUCUCGCUCUCUGUCUCCUCGCGGCACCGCCAACUUCAAACUGCCGCCGUUCGACCCCGCCCGGCCCCUCGGUGAGGAAGAAACGUAG